UCCUCGAACCCAGCAGCACUCGAGUCAACCCAACACCACCAGUUCCAAGAUGAAGUUCACCAUUGCCAUCGCCUUCGCCUGCCUGCUUUCCUGCGUCCUGGCCGCUCCACCAGCCAGCCAGCAGGAUGCCCAGGUGCUUCGAUUCGACAGCGAUGUCCAGCCCGAGGGCUAUAAAUUCGCUGUGGAGACGAGCGAUGGAAAGUCGCACCAGGAGGAGGGCCAGCUGAAGGACGUGGGCACCGACCACGAGGCCAUCGUGGUGCGCGGAUCCUACGCCUAUGUGGGUGACGACGGCCAGACCUACACCAUCAACUACCUGGCCGACGAGAACGGAUUCCAGCCCGAGGGAGCCCAUCUGCCCAGGGCCGUUCAGUAAACCAAACCGAUGAAAGUCGCUCGCCAAUCGAGUUCCAGCCCAGCAUGAAUGUGUUAACUAUGUUUAAGACUCGCCGAAAAGCAUCAUAU